AGGCAGCUGGCAUGCACUGUCUGACAGGGAGACCAGUGCUUGCAGUUUGAAAUUAGUUUCUGCUUUGCAGCUGUCACUUGGGCAUUUUAUGUUUGCUUCUCUUUAUGGAAGGGAACAAAAAAGUCUUGCAGCUUACAAGUGAACUAAACAGGAUCUGACCAUAGGGAAGAAUCUGAUGCAAAAUAACAGACUGUUGGGACUCUCUGACAUAGAUCACCAAGGCUAAAAAGCCAAAGAAGGUUUUCAAAGGAAUGCAAAAGGAACAGGAGUUUUAAAAGCAGGAAGCUGAAAGUGGAUCUCCAUAAGAUGAAUUUCACCCAGCACCGUGGGACACUCCAGCCUCUUCAUUUCUGGAACCACAGCUAUGGACUGCACGGAGGUGCCAGCGAGCCGAAUGGAAAGGGCCAUUCCUCAGGAGGCUGCUACGAGCAACUCUUUGUAUCCCCUGAAGUGUUUGUCACUCUGGGCAUCAUCAGCUUGCUGGAGAAUGUCUUGGUCAUUGUGGCUAUAGCCAAGAACAAGAACCUCCACUCCCCCAUGUACUUCUUCAUCUGUAGCUUGGCAGUGGCUGAUAUGCUAGUGAGUGUAUCUAAUGGAUCAGAAACCAUUGUCAUCACGCUGCUAAACAAUACAGACACAGAUGCACAGAGCUUUACCAUAAACAUUGACAAUGUCAUUGACUCAGUGAUUUGCAGUUCCUUGCUUGCAUCAAUUUGCAGUCUUCUCUCAAUAGCAGUGGACAGGUACUUUACCAUCUUUUACGCCCUCCAGUACCAUAAUAUCAUGACGGUGAAGCGUGUAGGGGUCAUCAUCACAUGCAUAUGGGCUGCUUGCACAGUCUCAGGCAUUUUGUUUAUCAUUUACUCUGACAGUAGUGUUGUCAUCAUUUGCCUUAUUAGCAUGUUCUUCACUAUGCUCAUUCUCAUGGCAUCCCUCUAUGUCCACAUGUUUAUGAUGGCUCGGACGCAUAUCAAAAAGAUUGCUGUUCUUCCAGGGACUGGCCCUAUUCGUCAAGGGGCCAACAUGAAAGGGGCCAUCACUCUCACCAUCCUGAUUGGAGUUUUUGUUGUGUGCUGGGCUCCAUUUUUCCUGCAUCUGAUUUUCUACAUCUCCUGCCCCUACAACCCUUACUGUGUGUGCUUCAUGUCCCACUUCAACUUCUACCUCAUCCUCAUCAUGUGCAAUUCCAUCAUAGAUCCACUUAUCUAUGCAUUCCGGAGUCAGGAGCUCAGGAAAACAUUCAAGGAGAUUAUAUGCUGCUGUAGCCUGAGAGGGCUUUGUGAUUUGCCUGGCAAAUAUUAAACUAGGUGGAUAUGUUACUGUGUACACAACAUGCAGCACAGACUUCCAAGCCUUUGGAUCAUCUUUGGUUUAAAUCUUUAAGAGUGAGCACUUCUUUCUGUCUCCCCUCCCUCUCAUGCUUGUAUCUUAUUCACAUGUAAUUCAUAUUUCUGUACGAUGUUUGUGUUAUCUACAGUUUGUAAUUUAUUUGGCUGGAAAGAGAAGUAGCACUUCAUACCAGUUUGUAAGUAAGCAAUUAAAUGUAAUGAUGAAUGUGAAAUAUUAACAAACAUGAUCAGCUGUCUGUUCCAACUGCUGACAAAAUAACUAACUUGCCUGAUUUACAGUACAUAUUGACUGAUACUGUUCUUUGUUCUGUUGAAGUAAUUAUAGCUAUCCAUUACAUUAUACACAGCUUAAA